AUGGCGACUGCAAACAAUGAGUUUAAACUCAUUGGUCCCAGUGGUACAGAGGAGUAUAAUCGCUCUGCUGUGACUCUCUCGUGUCGUCUGUCUCCUGAAAUCAGUGCUGUUAACAUGGAGAUCCGGUGGUUUAAGGAGACAGACUGUGUUUGUGUCUAUAAGAACAGACAGGUGACAGAGGGGAGACGUUACGAGGGCAGAGUGAGUCUGUUCACUCAGGAGCUGGAGAGAGGAAACGUCUCCUUACAGCUGAGAGACUGUACAGAGUCAGAUAGAGGACAUUACCUGUGUCAGGUCACUGAUGGAGACAGAACAGAGGAGAUUACAGUAGAGAUGGACGAACUGAAGGGAGCAUUAAAAUCACUGCAGCACAAAGACCAACAGCUGGAGGAUUAUAAAAGACAAAUAGAGAAUAAAGAUACAGAACUGAGAAACAGAGAGAAAAUCAUCGAGGAGAAAGACGUACAACUUAAAGAUACAAAUACAACACUAGAGAAGACGAGUAAAGAGCUAGAGGAGAGAGACAGAGCUCUACAUGAGAGAGAUCAACAACUGAAACUGAAAGACACACAGAUACAGGAGACACAAAUACAAGUGGAGGAAAAGGACAACAGACUUGUGGAGAAGGAGAAAGAAUUAAAUGAAAAAAAUGAAGAGCUGAAGAUUCUAAAAGAACGUUUAGAGACUAAUGAGACACAGCUAAUGGAGUUAGACAAACAGCUUCAGGAGAAAGACAGACUUCUAGAGGAGAAAACAAAGCAGCUGCAGGAACAGACAGAUCCAGAAUCAUCAGCCCCCAUCAGGAGAAGAAACAGCAAGGAAUUAGAGCCUCCAAAUAUGAGUGGAGAGACUCAGGACUCAGCAGCACCAAUCAGGAGAAGAAACAGUAUGGAGGCAAUUCGUCCUACAUUGGGUGGAGAAUCGUCUAGUCCACAUUCUUCAGUGUCAGUUCCUGUAGCAGAACUGAGGCUGGUGCUGCUGGGGAGGACGGGGUCUGGGAAGAGUGCAGCAGGAAACACCAUCCUGAGCAGAGAGGAGAGGAACCAGGCUGCUACAUUUACAUCUACAUCUAAAUCCACCCAGCAGAGUGAGAGCACACAGGGGGAGGUGGCUGGGAGGAAGGUGACUGUGGUGGACACUCCUGACUGGUUCUCUCCUGAACUCCCUCUGGAGAAGCUGAGACAGGACGUGGGACUCUGUGUCCGUCUGUCUGCUCCAGGACCCCACGCCUUCCUCCUGGUCAUACCUGUAAAGCAGCCUACAGGAGAGGAGAGAGGGAUGCUGGAGAAAAUGGAAGAGAUUUUUGGAGAGAGAUGUUGGAAAAAUACCAUGAUCAUAUUCAGUGUUACUGAUAAACUUCAGAAGAAGAACAUUGAGGAGUUUAUCCAAUCAGGAGACCAGGAGGUCCAGAAACUUGUAAAGAAAUGUGGGGACAGGUUUCACUGUCUCAACAUUAAGGAGAGUGGAGAUGGUUCUCAGGUCUCAGAGCUGCUGGAGAAGAUAGAGAAGAUAAUGGAAGGAAGCAGAGAGAAAUUCUACAGCAAUGAGAUCUACAUCGAGACAGAAUCUCAGAUUAGAGUGAUGGAGACUAAGAUUUUAAAGAAAAAAGAAGAUAAAAGGAUGAGAGAGGAGAUUGAAGUGAAAGAAAAAAUAGAUAAGGAGGUGCAGGACUCUCUGAGAAAGAUAGAGGGAGUGAUCCAGGAGCAUGAAGGAGACAUCAGACAACUAAAUGAGCGAACAACUGAACUGGAGAGAAAGAUGAAAGAAGAGAGAGAUGAAGAGAAAAAGAGAGAACUUAAGAGGGAGCUAAAACGAGAGAUAGAGCGAAGGACAGAAAUGGAAGAAAAGGUGAAGAAACUAAAAGAAAAGAGACAGAGUGAGAGGAGAGAGAUGGAGGAGAGGCACCAACAGGAGAUGGAGGAGAUCAGGAAGGUGUAUGAAGGAGAGGUCAGGAUGGAGACAGAGAGAAACCUCAUGAAGAUCAUCCUGCCUGAACUCCAGAGAAACAUUUUGACCUCAAAAACAAAGAUGCAGGAAGAGUUCAGCAGACAGAUGGAGGAGAAGAACAGAGAGCUGGAAACUCUUAAACAGAAACUUUCAAGGCUCACACAGACUCACAAUGUGCUUGAAGAGGUUUAUGAGAAAACUGUGAGAAGCAGUUCAGAGUCAGAGAGAGCAGCUGUAACAGAAGGGGCAUCACUGGGAAUUUCUCAGAAAUUUAAACAAUACUUUCAGUGAAUAAAAGAGUUUAUAAAACCACAGACACUUACCCAGUCAGAGACUAAUGUCCUAUUCUGUGAUUAUCCCUACAUGGGAUAAUAUUAAUUUGCAAGUCUGUAAUUUGGCCAGGAUUUGGUGAAGUUGUCUAUCAAUUUUUCAAGGUUUUUGUUUCCUGUGUGCCUUUUUAUCCAUCUUCCGUGAAGAAUUGAGGCUGCGUUGAGAGUGCUUUGAGAGUAUUUUGGGUGCUCUGUCAUAUCUUUACACACCAUACAACUGUGCAUAAAGAGAAAGCUGAAGAGUGAAAGAAAAAGAAUGAUUAGAAAGUGAUGGGUGAGAUGUUUCGCAGGAUGCAGUAAACACUCUGCUGUGUAUAUCAUACAGUUAGAUCUGUAAUGACAUUUCCAAACAAUAGCAGAUCCAAAAUAGUGCUGGGAGAAAAAUCUUUUUGUUUUUGGAUGCACUGUAUAUAUGUUUUGUGUGUGUGUGUGUGUGUGUGUGUCUGUGUGUGUGUGUGUGUGUGUAAAAAUUUAUGCUUUUUCUCUUGUAAAUGUAUGAUUUUCCCCGUUUGUGCGCAACUACUUUUUCCCGUGUGAGAACUCUCUUCAUCCUGUAUUUUUCAAGCUUAAAGCUAAUGCACAAAGGACUAUGGAAGUGAGGUCAAAAUGCAACUGAACACGGAACCUUGCUGGAUAUCACCUCCAGGACUUAUCACACGCGACAUCCCCAGCGCCCACACACACCAUACACACCAUGGCUUAGGUUCUGUACAUUUUAGGAAGACAGAGAAAAUUACAUUAUCUGCAUUGUGUUAAAUCACACAGAACACAGUGCAUCAUUAUUUAUAUUCAGGAGAACAUUUAGGGAAUAACACACUUGAUAAGAGAGAAUCAUACAAAACACAAGCAAUAUUAUGUGUAAUGUAUGACGGCUCCUGCAUACACUCGUACUGUCGAAGUACAGAAUCAGGUCACAAAAUAACAACAGAAAUAAACAGA